AUGGGCAAUGCGACUUCGCGGGCAGCGGUGGCGGCGACCCCAGAUCAAGAGAGUCCAAAGGACACGGCGUCGACAACGAUCUACGCCUCCGGAGGCUUUGGGAACAACAGACUGGCUACAGGCUUCCGCACAGCAGCCCUUCCCGCCGCUCCUGACGAGUCGCAGCCCAUUAUCAGCAAAAGUGACAACUCGUUGAAACCUACUUUAUCAUCAGGAGAUUCCAUAGACGAUGCGAUCGAGAUUUCUGACGACGAGCAAGAGUCCGAUGACGGGGGGAUGGUCAUUAACAUUGACACCGUCCAAAAUCACCAGCUCUCUGACGAUAUGGUCCUUGAUGACGAUCAGAUGGAUGUGGAGAAAACGGAAAAGGAGGAGGAGGAAGUUGAAGAGGAAGACGAAGACAGCGACGACGAGGAAGAAGGAGAAACACAUUCACAUUCAGAGGAGGACACAGAGCCCCAGUCGUCUACUAGAGAGACAACACUACCCCUCUCUUCUACCGAACGGGAUGCUCACGACCAAUUACAGGGCGAUAUCGAGAGAUUCUCCCGUACCGUCAUGGGCGGACUCCCCUCGCAUUCUGUUGCCUCCAACGUCCGAGUACAGCCAGGCCCUCGCCUUGCAGAUCUGAGCCCGGAAGAGCUUGAGCUUCAGCUGAAGUACGCUUUCUUCCACGUCAGUCGCAGCAAAAUUGACCUCAAUCAGCCUGCUGUCUGCCUGAGCUGUCUUCAAAGCGGCCAUGCCGAGCGAGAUUGUCCCGAAUUGACCUGCGUCCACUGCUCUGCCAGCCACUCUAGCCGCCUUUGCCCUCUGCUUCAGAGGUGCUCGAAAUGUCGUGACCGCGGACACACUGCUGAGUCUUGUCCCACAGGCCUGAAAAUCACCACGAUACCCUGUGAUAUCUGUGGCACCUUCAAUCAUACGGAGCAGACAUGUCCUCAGCGAUUCUUGCCAUCUUACGGGAUGUCAGACGUUGGUCCUACCAAACACUGGAUCUCUUGUUGCGUCUGCGCAAGUAAGUCCCAUCUCGUAGGUGACUGUCCCAAUGCGAACCAAGUCGCAGCAGCAAGAUGGUCAUUGAAGUCCUUCCCCUCCGAGCAGGUCAUCAACCUAAGCCUUGAGUCAAAUUCGAAGCAGAGGGAAAUAGAAUCGGCCAACCGUGGUCUACGGCCGGAAGGGCUCAAGAUCAGAGGUCGUGCCGGCCUUCACAGUGCGCGCGGCCCCAGUGGCAGGCCGGAGGUGGACACUUCCGACAGCGACGAGCAAUUUCUGAAGCCACGAGUCCAAGGCCCACGCAAUGCAAAGCGUGGCAACUUGACAUUUACAACACAGAUGUCGAAAGAGAGCAUGACAGCUGGCGCUAUCCCGAAGAAGUCGGUGCUCACCGAGUUCCUCAAAGCCAUCAACCAACAACGGCAGGCUGGUAGAGGGCGGUUUGAAGUGGUCUACGCUAACAAGUAA